CUCGAACCUCUGGUUUCCAGGGUAAGGUUAUGUUUACACGGUACCGAACGAAUUUAAUCUAAAGAUGCUUUGGGCGCAUAGCGACAAGCUAAUUUACAUAUUGAAAUUCGCCGAGUAGGCGGCAAGAUGACACAGGGACCCCGAGCAUGUCCUAACAAAACAAGUUGAAGUAUGGUUGAACUCGAAAAUGGGGUGCUGAUAUGAUCGAGUUUUCAUGGCUGAAUAUAUGAAAAUACCCCCCAAAGUAUACCAAAUGGGCUAGAAAAUAGAUGGCACAUAGACGUAACGUGGGUAGUGUCGUCGUUGAACAAGGCUGAAGGCAAAAUGGUGGUUGCUUUUGAAGUGGGUACACUAGUGUGGUUUGAUGGUGAACAGGGCUACCUCCUGCCUGGUUUUGUUAUUGGUUCAUCUGGCAACUCAGUCAAGGUCCAGCAUGAGAAUUCAAUGAGGGUAUACACAGUUCCAUCCAGACUUUUGUAUCAAAGGUUUGACUAUGGACCCCAUGGCGUGGAGGAUCUAGUUAAGACAGACGACUUGAAUGAAGGCUCUAUUCUUCUUAAUUUAAUGAGAAGAUACAAGGCUGAUCUUAUAUACACCUACAUUGGCAAGAUUCUCCUCAGUGUAAACCCAUACAAACAACUUGAUUCCUACACACCUGAAUUGGUUGAGAAGUAUGCUGACCAAGCUAUUGGGAGGCUUCCUCCGCACAUAUUUGCAAUUGGCAGUGCUGCCUAUGCUGAGAUUCAGAAGGGAGGAGCCCAUCAAGUUAUAGUGAUAAGUGGAGAAAGUGGAGCUGGAAAAACUGAGUCAACAAAGCAACUUGUGCAGUACCUGGCCACAGCAAACCCAACAAAGGGCUCCUUGACAACUGAACAAAUUGUGGAGGCAACACCCUUGCUGGAGUCAUUUGGAAAUGCUAAAACAGUAAAGAAUGACAAUUCCAGUCGAUUUGGAAAAUACCUGGAAAUUUUCUUUGACAGUGAGGGUUCCAUAUGUGGUGCAAGGAUCUCAGAGUACCUUCUGGAAAGGUCUAGAAUAGUGGGCCAAUCCUUAGAGGAGAGGAACUAUCACAUAUUUUAUGAGAUGCUGGCAGGUCUGCCACAGGAAAAGAAGCAGCAACUUCAACUGAAGUCUGCCGAGGAGCACCACUACCUUAACAAGGGCCAUGGCUUGAUCCAGAAAAGGUGUGAUCUUGCAGCAUUCAGCAAAGUCAUCUCUGCCAUGGAAAUCUUAGAAAUCUCGGAAUCCGAAAGAGAUGGCAUAUUCACUACUUUAGCUGCUGUACUUCAUCUGGGGGAUGCCGGAUUCUACAAGGGUCUGGCUUCGGCACACGAUGUUGCUGUCCUGAGAGACGAACACGAGGCCGAAAUCACUGCACAUUUGCUCGGGCUUGAUGCUCAGCACCUCAUCAAAGCUCUAAUGCACAAGCAAACGGAAGCCCGUGGUGAGCAGAUCUUCAGUCCCAGAAACACUGAGCAAGCCAUUGACGCCAGGGACGCUAUUGCCAAAGAGUUGUAUUCCCGCGUCUUUACUUGGCUCGUCAAUAGAGUGAAUGGGAUGGUCUUUCAUGGCAAGCAAAGAUCUUCCAUUGCCAUCCUUGAUAUCUUCGGCUUUGAGGACUUUCGAAUUAACAGCUUUGAGCAGCUUUGCAUAAAUUACGCGAAUGAGAGUUUGCAGUUCUUUUUCAACCAGUUUAUCUUCAAGAUGGAGCAGGAUGAGUAUACUAUCGAGGGGAUCCCGUGGCAUGAGGUCAAGUACACCGAUAACCAGGCGUGCCUCGACUUAAUGGCCAAACCACCUCAUGGUAUCCUGCAUCUUCUCUCAGAUGAGAGUAACUUCCCCAAGGCUACAGAUCUGUCGUUCCUGGAAAAGUGUCACCAGUACCACAAGGCCAGCAAGGCUUACGUGAAGCCCAAGAUGCAUGUGCCAGAGUUUGCCGUCUCGCACUUUGCUGGUACCGUCACCUACAAGGUGCACGGUUUUUUGGACAAGAAUCGCGAUGGCCUAAAGCAAGACCUUACAGAUCUUCUGUGCAAGACAAACUCCGAGUUUAUCAAAGACCUGAUCCCCGAUCUGUGCGAAGACCCAGAGAUGGAGAUAGGAAGUCUGAAGAUGCCUAGAGAGAACCGCAAGAACUCACUGAAAGCCCCACCCAAUUCCAUCCAGAAGAGUACAGUUUGCGCCAAGUUCAACGAUUCUCUCAUCAGGCUGGUGGUGGCCAUGAAAAGAUGUAACCCGUUCUUCGUCAGAUGUAUCAGACCAAACCCUGACAAGGCGCCGGAUGAGUUCGUUGAGAAGCUUGUCCUGGACCAGAUUCGGUACUGUGGGAUUCUCGAGACCGUCAAGAUUCGUAAGACAGGGUUCCCAAUCCGCAUCGUCUACCCAAACUUCGUUAAGAGAUACCGCUGUCUUACCUCAACCAUCGACUUUGAUGUGCAUACCUUGAGGGAGAAUGCGGCCAAGAUACUUGAACUUGUGCAAGUGGACAAAGACAGCUACGCGUUUGGCUCCAAUAAGGUGUUUCUUCGUGAGAGCGUAGAGUGCGCUCUAGAGGAGGCCCGCGAGGUACGAAUCGAGCGGAUGGCCGUGCUCCUACAGGCCCGGAUAAAAGGGUUUGUGUUGAAACGUCGCUAUCUACAGAUGAAGAAGGCGGCGAUCCUUCUCCAAUGCCAGACCCGACGAUACUUACAAAGGAAAAAGUAUCUCAAGGCAAGAAGAGGUUUCCACAAACUGCAGGUGAUCUUUAGAAUGCGACAGCAGAGGAAGAGGCUUAUGGACCAGAUCAAGGUACGUGAUGAAGCGAGACAAGACGCACAGAAACAGACCACAGCCAUGGAUGACGAAACACCUGGUGCACCCGUGGAGCCUAAGGACUGGGACCGACAGCCAAUUGUUGACGUCACACAUCUGGAGAUCCCAGCAGAGUUAGCCGUCGUUUAUGCUAAUUUAGACACUUGGAAUGCCCCCUUCAAGGGAAAGAUCUCCCCGUAUCGGGGCGAGCUCAUCAGGUACAACUGCCCUUCCGCGGGGCUCCCCAGGGACAUCGACGCGUUCUUGUUCUCUAAAUUCGCCGAUGAGAACUUCCAGAAGGAGCAUCGAUGGCGCAUGACCAAAUCUCCCAUCAGCUCAAGCUUCCUGAAGCUGAACUACUCGGACGCCAUGGAGUCGGUGACCAUCUUCAAAUUGGUGAUGCGUUUUAUGGAGGAUGAAACACUCGAUAGAGCAACAGAGUUUAUUAUUGGAAACUAUAUCAUUCAAAGGGGCCUUCUGAACCCCGAGGUCCGGGACGAAAUCUACUGCCAGCUAUGUAACCAGGUCUGGGGUAACCCGAAGGAGUCUAGUAACGAGAAGGCCUGGCUGCUGAUGGCUCUUUGCAUGAGUAGCUUCAUGCCUUCUUCCACUCUGUUCCCUCAUCUUCUCAAGUUCGCCUCGGAUCAGGCCUACAAUGGCUACAAGGCAUACUGCCAACACAAACUACUAUGCUGGAAGGGCCGAAAGUUCCCCUAUGCCCGUGCCCACCCCCCUUCGUCGCUAGAAUGGCAGGCUGCGCGAACCAAGUCCUGCAUGUCCCUCGAGUGCGACUGCGUGGAUGGUGAAACGAGAGCGGUACAGGUUGAUAGCUGCUCUACUGGCGAGCAGUUAGCUGGUCAAAUCCUAAAAGACAGAGGGAUCCCUGAUCCGUAUGGCUGGAGCGUUGACUUAUAUGACACGGACUGUCAUUUCUCGCUGUGUGGACACGACUAUGCCAUGGAUCUCCUGUCAGAGUAUGAGUAUCCACCAACCUUCCCGCCAAGUCUGUCGCCAACACUUUUAACCUUCAGACCGGGCAAUAAACUUCCCGAAAAGCGCAAGAGAGCUAUGAUAGACCUUCAUCGUCCACCAUCGAAGCGUGCACAUGUCGCUGACAUCGCCCACAAGUUUUCUUUUUCCGAACGACCCGCAUCAACAAUCCCGCAACCACAGGCACCACGGGAAGAUGCCCUGAGUGCUGCAACUUCCGCUCGAAUUGUAAGCCAAGCAGCCACAGAUAAGCAUCAGGAUAGACUAGUAUCAGAGACCGCAGCCCGAUCACGCGUCGAGACGACUGAUGGACCUGCUGCUGUCAUCCCCCCACCACCACCACCCCCUCCCCCAGCGUCAAACGUACCCGCUCCCCCACCCCCUCCCCCAGUGAUGCCUCCUCAGAAAGUCAUCAUGAGGAAACCAACGAAGAAGAAGGAUAAGAAGGAGUCCAAGAAGGAGGGCCCGCAGUACUCGCUUGCUGAGGUUGUUGCCAAGGCCAAGCGCAUGAGCGAAACUCGCAGCAGGGUCUUUUCCACUUCCUCUGGGGGUGGGGGCAAGGAAACGGAAGUUGAUGCCUUCGAAGCGGUAAUCAAACAGAGGCAAGGGAAUCUCAAGCCACGGAAGGUCGAAACCACGGCUAUACCAGAGGACAAACCCGAAAGCGAGCUGAAGCGAGUCAUGCAAGCGAAGGCGAACCGAGUCAGUCGUCUUUGGGAGUCCACUGAUGCAAGUCUCGCUGGCAUCCAAAGCUACCAGAAGCCCUCGAUCCAUAAAGGAGAAGAGAUUGAGAUGAAGUCGCGUGCAGAGCAGCUCCAUAAAUCGUGGGCUGACCCUGAGAAGAAGGAGCGCUCCAUCUCGUGUUCUUCCAGUGGCAGGGUGUCGAACCACAGCGGCGAAGUACCCGCCACGACCAUUCAAGUGGAUGACGCUCCCAGCUCUAGUCGCGCGCAGCAGAACGAUACUAACAACCACGAUGAUGUGAGCGACUUCGUGGACAGUCUCUUUGACCCGGUGAUUAGUAACUUUGAUGAGCUCAUGAAGGAAGACGCGGUGAGAGUUGCCAUCAAGGGUGGAGGCGGUGUCCAACAAGGUAUCACUAACCCCAAUGCCUCCCAGCAGAAUGCCUUCACGGCCAGGGUGUCCACUCCUUCUGCAGGGGUCCCCGCUAAUACUGUUGGGGUUUCAAGCCAUAUCAUUGGAAUCUCGAGCCCAGCAGUUGGCUCUAUAGGGUCCCCAGUGGCAAUGAAUGGACCAAUGUUUGUGCCUAUCCAGCGGGCACCCAUGAGCAAUGGAUACGCACAAGUGGCUGUUAAUGGGUAUCCGGGGUAUAGUACGGGGAUGGUGGCACCCACUUACGUUCCUAUGGCAACGUCAUACUCCAGUCCUGUCCCAGAUGUGAACUCCCUGGCGGCGCAGCAGCAGGUUUUGAUUGACAGGCUGUUGCAACAGCAGGCGUUACUACAUCAACAGCAGCAGGAGUUGUCCCAGAAGUCGCAGGAUCAGUUGGUGCAGUUACAGCUGCAGCAUGCUGAAGAGCUGCGACGGUUGCAGGAACAGAUCAGUGGGAAACAGACGGGAAUGCUUAGUGGCAUUACAAACGGGCAUGGGCCGACCGCCAACGGACAUGAGCCGACCAGCAACGGACAUGAGCCGACCACCAACGGACAUGAACCUCCUGCAAAUGUUUGCGACUCGCCGUUGUCUAUUCUAUCGCCAUCCACUAGCACUUCCUCCGUGGGAACUCUUAAUAAGGCUGAACAUUGCUCGGCUUCCGCUGAUCUUCCUUUACCUCCUCCGGAAUUCUCUGACCUCGAAUCCUCAGCGCCCAUUCCCCCGCCCCCUCCCCAAAUGAACAACACAUCUGCACCUCCUCCUCCCAACAAAGAAAAACAAACUGCAAAGCCUCCAGCCCCGCUGCCACCACCGCGAAUCGACUCUCAGCUUGUUAACAACGAUAUCUCCAAGUCCGCGGGUGUUGCAAGUGCCGUAGCGAUGCUAGAAGCUAAGACGCCAAACUCUCCUACCUCCAAGACCCCAGAGGUCAGCGUGAGCAUCUCCUCGAGUCGAGCGGAGGUCGCGGGUGAUAACUCCACUCUUGCCAAGCCCCCGCUUCAGCGAAAGCAGUCCUCCACGCUGGCUCACCUGUACAAUCAGGAGAUAAAGACGACGAAGUUGCUCAAUAAGCUUAACGACUUGUAUGUCACCGUUGAAAGAGUCGGCUGGAAAAUGAGUAUCAGGAAAGAGAUUUUCAACGUCAAUGAGAAGUUGGACAAUAAGCUCGCCCAGAGACUUGUCUUCCUGCAGGUCGUGCGUGACGUGUACUCAGAUGCAUGUUGUAGGAUGACAUCAGAUGAUAGGUCCCGGAUGAAAGUUUUGCUACAGAAAUAUGGUAUCACUCCAGACCACCCAUUGUCUAGCGUGCCUGUGGAAGAGAUCGUCAUCGCCACGGCAAGGCAGCUACCUCUCUACUUCUCCCGCUUCUACCUCGCAACCUGCCAGAAUGAGCAGCCUGACAUGCACUAUGUGGCUGUGGGCGAGCACGGCAUCCGACUUGUCAAGCGCGAGAAACUCACGGAUGACCUCAUCAUCGUCCAAGACCUCCCCUAUGACAGCGUGGAGAAAGUCAAAGCAGCAAAGGACAAGCUGACGAUCAGUAUCAAGGACAGCAAGACCGUUAUCUCUACAGACAGGGCUGAAGAGAUCAAGCUGAUGAUCAGCCCUUACCUGCGACAGAUUGAGAAGGAAGCCAAGUACGUCCGGGCAAUGUAUGAUUAUGUCACGCAAGAGCCAAACCUGCUGAGCUUCAAGAAAGGUGAUGUCAUUCAGAUAAUUGACAAGCCGGACAUAGAGGAAGGCUGGCUGUUUGGAGUGUUUGCAUCCAACAAUGGCUACUUCCCGGCGGAGUACGUCACGCACAUCAAAGAGGACCCUGGUACUGUACGUAAGGGUAACCUGAUGAAAGCGGCUUCGCUAGGCAACCUUUUCACGGAGAGCGCGGAUGAGUCCCCCAAGGGUACACACAGCCGACGGGACAGUGUCCGGUCCAGUAAAUCGGACAAGUCCGAGUAUGGGCAUGAAAAGUUCUCUAUGAUGGAGUUUGCAAUGCAUUACUUCAGACAUGGACAGGAAGUGGUGCAUCGACAGUCGGAUGGCUCGGUGCGUGGAACACUUCGUAUCAAAGGAACAAAUCGAUCGGGCAAAGGUUCAACAAAGAAGGUGGAGUGGACGUGGAAAGGUCUCGCUGAACUCGUCAAGUACAGCAAAACUCCAAUCCAAGCUUCUUUGCUACGCCUCGACAGCCCUCAAAACAAGCACGCUAUCGAGUGCUUCCAUGCUAUCAUGCGGUUCAUGGGAGAUAUUUCUAUGGGACGUAAUCACAAAGACACCGAGCUUGUCUACUUCCUACUCAAGACGUGUCGUGAGAAUGAGCGGCUCUGCGACGAGGUGUACUGCCAACUCGUCAAGCAAGUCACCAGCAACAAGAGCGCAUGCGAGGACAGCUGUAGUCGCGGCUGGCGACUCCUGAUUAUCAUGACGUCAUACGUCACGUGUGACGAGUUCCUCAAGCCAUAUUUGGUCAAGUUCUUACAGAGUACCGCUAGUGAUCCCAAGCGAGAGUUUCACGGAGCCGCGGCGAUCUGUGAGCAGAAUCUGAUGAAAACAUUCAAGUACGGUGGACGGCGGACUCCCCCGAGUGCCAUGGAGCUAAAACAGCUGGUGCAAGGACGUCAAUCCAAGAGACAAGUCUUCUUGCUCCCUGGAAUGGUCUCCAAGAUGAUCAAGAUCCAGACAUGCUCUACCGGAUUUGAUGUCAUUAAGGAGAUGUGUAAUGAGAUGGAGUUAUUUACUGAAGAUGACUACCGGGAAUAUGGCGUCUUCACGCAGCUCGUCAAGCAGAAUGUUAUGGUACCGGUGCAGACUACGGACUACAUCAUGGAUGUUAUUGGUCAACUGGAGCGCCAGGAGAUCGAGUUUAGUUUGUGGUUUAAGCGAGUGCUAUGGUAUCAGCCCUGCCACUUCGACAACGAGCUGUAUGUCUCCAUCAUCUACAACCAGGUGAUGCCAGGCUACAUGAGAGGUCAGCUUGUCGGACUCACCAACGGACGCACUAUAGGAGAUGCCCAGUUCCAGAAUGAAGUAGCAGAGAUUGGUGCACUGCAGAUUCUCGCCACUCGCACGAACCUCAAUGCUCCUGCGCAGAGUGACGUGGAUAGUGUGGUGCCUAAGUUCAUGCGUGAGAGGCUCCGCCCCCAGCAGUGGCUGAUUCUUGUACAAGACCACUUCCGUAGUUUUCAAGGCUCUUCACCUCACCAGGCCAGGAGAAAAAUUCUCGAGAAAGUUACCAAAUGGCCCUUCUUUGGCUCAUCAUUUUUCUUAGUCAAGCAUUGUUCUCACCCAAACGUUGCCGGAGAAUGUGUAAUCGCCAUCAACAAACAAGGAAUCCACUUCAUAAGCCCUGCAUCCAAGCAAUCCCUCCACAAUGAACCGUUUCCCCGCAUCAUCUCCACCCGCAUUCUCGUGUCGGACAAGAAGAGAUUCUUCCUGGACCUGAAGAUCGGCGACUCCAUGGUGCAGAAAGUCACACGCAUGGAGACACAAGAGGCCAAAGACAUCGCCAACCUUAUCUAUAGUUAUGUAAGCAUGACGUCAGAAGAGAUGAAUCGACCCAACGAAGGACUGGCCGGCGUACUUCGCUCACAGCAAGACCUCAGGCUAUAACCCACGACACUUACUUACCUUCGCAGACUAUCUUGUAUGAUUUGAAUAAGUUUGGCAGUCUUGUGCUCUGAAGAAGACUGGGUAUGAUAUAUUGAAGGGAAAGGGAUAGCCACAGGAAGAAACAUUGGAAAGCUUAAUCGAGUAGAAAAUUCGAAGAGACGCCUUCUUCGGACAGCAGUACGGUCACGGUACGGCCACGGUACGGGCACGGUACUGUCACGGCACGGUCACGGUGCUGUCACGGUACGGGCACGGUACGGUCAUUACAUUUGGUGUAAAAUAUGAAAGGUCAUUACAUAGAUCUCAAUUUUUUAACAUUAUUAUUUCGAAAUGCAUUUUGGGUAUGGGCUCAAUGAUAGGUCACGUGGGACAUUCGGGGAUUUUCACCUCGAGAUUUUGAGAUCUUGAUCAUUAGAAACAGAAUUUUGUUAAAAAUUUCAACGAAAAUUAAACAAAAAAAUUAGCAGCGUGAGACUUGCACGAAUUUUUCGCUUACAAGUCCUCUGUAUAUUCAAUAUUUUGCUAGACGUAAAAAACCCUGUACUUUGUAAAAAUCAAUAAAAGCAAAUCACAAAUUGAAUUAACACUAAUGCCACAAAUAAAUUUAAUUGGUACGUACAAAGACCAAAUUCGCAAAUAAAUUAUUCAUUGUUUGAA